AUGUCAUCUAGACUGAGCCUUGACUCACUUCCUUUUGACAUUUCCUACCAAAUCGCGACAUCGCUGGACGAUCGCGAUUUAGUCCACCUGAGCCGCACCAAUCGCGCUCUCCGCGAUGCUACCGAAAGUGACCUCAUCGCCCGUAAAACAGUCGAGAGGAGUCUUCUCUUCAGUACGGAGGGUCAAUCAGUCUUGAAAAAUCGGGCUGGCUACACCUACCGUAAGGCUGUUGGGCACCGGUUUGACAUUCAUGAGGCGGUGGCUACUGCAGACCCGUAUUCGGUUUGCGUUCUAGCCUAUGGGGCCGAUUUCAUCUACAAUCAAGGGUUCCUGUGCUAUCGAGCGGGGAACGAUAUCCGAUUGCUCAAUGUGCAUGCUGCAGACAAGCAGGAACGUGUCUUCAACUUACUCGGUCUCCUUCGUCGCCUGCAUCCAGGUCCGGGCAGCCCGGACCCAGAUGUAGUGCAUCGGGUAUCGCUGCUUCGAUAUGCAGAUGGCAUUAUCGUGUUUCGAGUGGACGACUUUGCUGCCCAGGAAGACAUGCUGCUAGCGAUUGACAUAGGAACACGCACAGACAACCCCAAAAAGAAACGCUUACUUUUCCGAGGUCGCAUCCCUUCAUCUGCCCCAUUGUUUGUGCGACACUGCGGGACUUACCUGUGGUACGGAUUCUUCUCUGCAGUUGGUGGCUCAGAUGGAGUCUGGGAUAUUCACGGAGUGGAUCUUACUGCCUCGGAUGAGCCAUCUCUUGUAUUCCCUCUUGCUCACGUCGGAGAUGGUGACAUUGGUCAAUACCUCACCUUUGAGAUCUACAACGAGCACCUGUAUGCGGUGUCAACCCAAGUUGCCUCAGAUGACGAUGAGCGUUACUCUUCUUACUACCAUUGGUUCUGUCAUGCACCUCGCCAUAAUCGUCGCUGCUGGAAUGAUCGAUUAUGGCGUCGCGAGCAUUGCGAGGGCCCUAUUAACGAAAUGUGGACCGAUCUUUCUAUUCGCACAGAUGAGGUCACCGGCCGACCAGUUAUACUAGAAUGUCGCCGCGAAUGGCCUGAUGGCAAAAGCGAAAACCACCGCACCUACUACACCCAACCUCUCCCCACCCCCGAGGAGGCUCUCGCUACUUAUGGCGAGACUGAAACACCAACAAUGUUUCCUACCUUCCGAAAUAAUAGCCCCGACUGCCCAAAAACGACCGACAACUCCAAUGAGCACCGACCAGCAAAACGGCUACGUCGCGACUACCACGCAGAAUAUGAAUCCACCCAAGACCAAACACAGCGACAAGAGUUCAUUGCAGCUCGCACAAAACACCGCAAUUACAACCACGCUGCAUCAACCUUUAUUGACCUGGUGAAUGAUCCAGCUCCCCAAGCAGACGGCUUCCGAUCGCAAGACCGUCUGCGACUUCGUACGGUAUCCCGAAAACGCAAGUGUCCAGUGGACGAAGUAGGAGAUGAAGGCACCAAGGGUCUCCUCCUCGGCCCAACACAAUAUAAUGAAGAUGGCUCGCCCGUCGAGGGCUCAGAAGAGCGCUUCGUUUCUCGAGGCGUUCACAUGUGGCCAUCAGAUGACUGCCCCCGAGAACUCCAGCAGAUCCUCUGUCCUGAUUCCCGAAUCAACACUAUUAAAGCGACCUCCGAUGAGCGAUCGCUCAUCUAUUCCAUCCAAUGCGCGGGUCUACCAAUGGGACACAAGGCUUUGGUCCUAAUAAGCUUUGAUCCCCAAAUCCGCUUCCCAAAUCUAUCAUCUUUGCAAAGCGUGAAGAAACCAUCCGUACCCAAUAAAAAAUUCCCCAUCGAGCCACCUCAGCCAGAUCAGUCGAAUGGAUCUCUUGUCAGGGAGGCUAAGCCCUUUUACCAAGCUAUCAAAUGGGGAUACUGGCUACGAUGA